GCUACCCUUGGCGGGGACUUUUGUAAAUAUCAACAGUUCAGCGGCGACAUGGAGGAGCCCGAGAAGAGUCGUGAAUCAAUUUCUGUUGAAAAUAAUGAAGAUAAAGUUGGUGUUUCUUCAACUCGCCGCAAUGAUUCGGUUAGGUCAUCUCAAAUUAAACCGAGACUUAAACUGUUUCAAAAAGUGAUGGCUAAAAGUCUGCAGUGGCUAGUGGAGAACGCCGGUUUCGACAGAUUUUCCCAUUACCUUCAACCGCUGUCACAGCAAAACCCUCAGUUGACUGAAGCCAUGCACAAGCAGUUCAUCAGUCAGCUACAAACAUUAGUACAGAAAGAAAUUGCCAGCGUGAUCGAGGAGGGGGAACUUAAAGUGAAACUUGAAGAGUUGGACAAACUGGAGGAGCUGGCUAAAGACAUAUCUGAACCUGCGUGGCGACCCAGUGGUGUUCCAGAGCAGGAUGUGAGCAGUGACUUAGUGUCAUAUUAUAAGAAGCAGGAGGAGUACAUGAGACUACAGCUAAAGAAACUUAAAAAAGAAAAUGCUGCUCUUGCUCAGAAAGUGCAGGCCGGUCGAGAGAGCGUCACACACACAGAGCAGUGCAUCGCCUCAGCAGUGGAAGAAUGGAGAGCUUCUCUUCAGGAUCUGGAGACCUUUGUCUUGACACCUUCCCAGUCUGAGUCUUUAUAGCAUCCAUGGCCUAACAAUAUUAAGUCAAUUUGGAAUAUUUUCCUUUUGUGUAUAAGCAUGGUUUAAUUUGUGUAGGAAUACCCCAUUAGUUUGUGUUCUCUAUUUCAUUGACUAUUCCUUGCACUUUUUAAAAAAUUUUGUAUCUCAGUGUAUAUUUGUUUCAGUGCAAAAAUAAAAACAAAUGAAUA